CCAUCUUCUCCUCACUUCUCCUAACCAUUUUUCCCACCUCAUUUGUCACUUUUUGGAAUAAUUUUGAUUGGAGUUGGAAGCAUGGCGUAUGCAUCUCAUGUUAUCAAUCACUGUAGAAAGAUAAAAAAUGUUUCCAGCGUACUCAGGCAGGAGCAUGCCAUUUGGGUUCGUUGGAUUUCCCAUGAUGCACACUCCUCUGUUCGGAAAAGAGAAGAUGUUAAGAAGGUUUAUCGUCAGGGCUAUGAACCCAUGGAAAGGGAGAGGAUAUCUGAGUUUCUCACUCGCACCACUGUUUCAACUGGUUCAUCCAAGAAUAAUCUUUCAAGGAUCACAAUGAAAUUUAGAAAUUCCAUGGCUGGAUCACUAUUUAACAGAGAACUACCAUGUUCACAGCUACACUUACGAAGGGGUUUUGCAUCUGACUCGGGACUUCCUCCACACCAAGAGAUUGGAAUGCCUUCUCUCUCUCCCACAAUGACAGAGGGCAACAUUGCAAAAUGGUUGAAGAAAGAGGGUGAUAAGAUUACCCCUGGUGAAGUCCUAUGUGAAGUUGAAACUGAUAAAGCAACUGUUGAGAUGGAGUGUAUGGAAGAAGGUUAUCUUGCUAAGAUAAUAAAGUGGGAUGGUUCAAAAGAUAUCAAAGUUGGUGAGAUAAUUGCUAUUACUGUUGAAGACGAGGAGGAUAUUGCACAGUUUAAAGAUUAUAGUCCUUCUCCAUCAGGUGCUAGUGCUCCUGCACAGAAAGAGCCAGAAGCUCCUAUCCCACCCAAGCAGGAAGCUGUUGAGAAACCUGUCAGUUCACCAGAGCCAACAAUUUCCAAGUCCAGUUCACCUCCCUCAGAAGAUCGCAUAUUUGCUAGCCCUCUCGCAAAAAAAUUGGCUGAAGAUCACAAUGUGCCUCUUUCAAACAUCAAAGGAACAGGUCCAGAUGGAAGCAUUGUAAAAGCUGAUAUUGAAGAUUACUUGGCUUCUCGUGGCAAGGAAGUUUCAGCUCCAACUCAUAAGCCUAAGGAUACUACUCCUGCAGCUCUAGAUUAUGUAGACAUUCCCCAUACUCAGAUAAGAAAGGUUACAGCUUCACGCUUAUUAUUCUCAAAGCAAACUAUUCCCCAUUAUUACUUGACAGUAGACACUUGCGUUGACAAACUUGUGGAUUUGCGGAGCGAACUCAAUUCCAUACAAGAAGCCUCAGGUGGGAAGCGGUUAUCUGUCAACGAUCUUGUGAUUAAGGCUGCUGCUUUGGCUCUUAAAAAGGUUCCUCAGUGCAAUAGUUCAUGGACUGAUGACUAUAUUCGCCAGUAUAACAAUGUGAAUAUUAAUGUAGCUGUGCAGACAGACAAUGGACUCUAUGUUCCAGUUAUCAGGGAUGCAGACAAGAAAGGUCUGUCUAAGAUUGCUGAGGAGGUCAAGCUUCUGGCACAGAAGGCCAAAGAGAACAGCUUAAAGCCAGAAGAUUAUGAGGGGGGCACGUUCACUGUCUCCAAUUUGGGAGGACCCUUUGGUAUCAAGCAGUUCUGUGCCAUCAUUAAUCCUCCUCAGGCAGGAAUUCUUGCCAUUGGUUCUGCGGAAAAAAAGGUAGUUCCUGGUUCGGGCUCUGAGCAAUUUGAGUUUGCUAACUUCAUGUCAGUAACCCUAAGCUGUGAUCAUCGUGUUAUAGAUGGUGCAAUUGGUGCUGAAUGGCUGAAAGCUUUCAAAGGAUACAUUGAGAACCCAGAGACAAUGCUGCUUUAAACCAACGCAGCGGCUUUUCUUUUUGUUUAGAUCUCUCUGCAAGAGGACUUUGAUGCAAUCAAUGCAGUUUCAUCUGAGUUGUGAUUACAUUUGCUUGUAUAUCUGAGCAAUUUUUUGCCCUUUCAUUUCAAAACAAAGAAGUCAAAUUGAUUUUUUGGAAAUAAAGAGAAAAGGGUUAAAAGGAAUUAAACUUUGGACAGAGUUCUGCCUUCUGCAGAGUGGAAUAAUCCCUUUCAUGAGGGUUUCUUCUUGUGGAUAUUUGACUGGAUUAGGUGGCAAUGUUGUGCCACGCCAUAGAUUUUUCACACUACCAAAUCUCCUUGGGGAUUCAAGUUCGACGUUUCAGAAUUUUAUUUCCAAUGUUUCCAAACUAUGCAUACGGUUUAUACUGGACGGUUUGAGGGAUCUUUAUCCUUUUUACUAAACUUAUCUGUAUUUG